AUGACGAUGCUGCAGCUCAGGGAAACGGGCUAUAAAACAUUGGAACAGCUCCUUUUGAAAGACCCCGACGACGCAGUACAAGAGUUAGGUUCUCUCAAGCAAGGUUUGGGCAAGCUUCUAGAAUUGACGGAUAUACGCUAUGACCUGAUCUCGCUAUUGUUUCAGGUUUUUCACCAUGUCUGCCAGGCGCAGGCGUCCAAUGAAACUAUCAACAUGCUGUUAGAUAUGCUCGGAAGGAACCACUUCAUCAGCAGGCAUCUCACCCUCCAUCUCAUUGGGAUGAGGACCGAGAGAAGCAACACAAAACUGCGAGUUUUGCCUAGAUGUAUUCAGGGUAUCGCAAAUGUCCUGUCACAGCUACAGCAACGCCUUCCAAGGUACUUGGCAGAUGUUGAAGUUGCUGCGACACUCCUUGAAGAUGCUGUCAGAUACGCAGAGAAAAGUAAAAUACUUGUCAAUGAGACAAUUCAAGAAGAGGUACGCCAACUUGUGAAAUUUCAUGAGACAAUCCAACAGGAAAUGCUGAAGAAGCCACGUACGGACAUCGAACCCAUAGCACCUCCUCCAACAAAUUUCCGUAAGCAUAGUGUGUUUCCAACCUCCAAUGAACUGACAGAUUCCUUUCGUCCUUACCUUCGAGCAAACAUUAAAAAGGGAAAGUAUGAAAAUGUCGAACAUUAUCUUGACGUCCAAUUUCGUCUUCUUCGAGAAGACUUUGUCCGCCCACUUAGAAAAGGCAUUAGUGAAUAUAUAUCAACAGCCCGACCAGGAAAGCACGACAAACGCUACGAAGACAUUCGUAUAUACUAUGAUGUAACACUGGACGAACCACUGUACUCACAGAGUGGAGUUACUUUCAGGAUUCACUUCGAUGAGUCUAAACUCAAAGGCGUUCGUUGGCAAUCUUCGAAGCGACUGAUCUAUGGUUCACUCGUCAUCUUGUCACCUGAUGAUUUCAAGACCCUCGUCUUCGGCACAGUUGCAAACCGAAAGCUUGAUGAUUUGGCUAAAGGCUUCAUUGAAAUCAAGCUCGAGAGGGACGAAGAAAUUGCAGAGAUCUUCACUGAAAAGACAUUCAUCAUGGCAGAGUCUUCAGCAUACUUCGAAGCUUACCGACAUGUCCUGAGUCGCAUACAACAUGUCACUGAGCAAUCAAUGCCCUUAACUGAUUACAUCAUCUCAGCAUCACCAAAUAUUCGUCCACCUGCCUACAUCCGGAACGAUCGCUCCAUUGAAUAUGACCUAUCACCCAUCGUCUCUGGUGAUGUUCCAAACGCAAAUCAAACUGCAAUGCGUAUAAAGACCGUGAGAAUUCUCGAUGAUCGUGAAUGGACGAGACUAGGGAACACUGGUCUUGACGAGUCCCAGCUUCGAGCCGUGCAAGCAGCACUUACUCAAGAGAUGACGGUCAUACAAGGCCCACCUGGCACUGGAAAAACCUACAUCGGGUUGAAGAUAGUUCACACUCUUCUCCAAAACAAGCGUAUUUGGAAAGAAGCUCAAGUUCUAGGACUGACCGGACGUACAGGCCGUGCGAACAAACCAAUCCUACUCGUCUGCUGUACAAACCAUGCUUUAGAUCAGUUUCUGGAAGGAGUUGCAACUUAUAGCAGUGAAGGUAUCGUGAGAGUUGGUGGCCGAAGUUCUAGCGAGGCUCUGAAGCGGUUCAACCUCAAUUCACUCAGAAGCUCAAAGCUUCGAGAAGAGACACCUCGACACCCUUAA